AUGGGAUCAAUUCCACAAUUGUCGAUCCUGAAAGGCCCCACCAGGAUCCUGCACCCCAACACUCUGGACAACCUUCUGGAGGACAUCGCGGGAUCCCAGCAGGAGAACGACGUCGCUUUGAUAUUCGAGAUUAACGGACAGAUCAGGAAACACACCUUUUCUGAGAUCAACCGAAUGGCCAACAAACUCGCCAGGGCUUUGAUCGAAAUCAUCACGACCAAUAAUCUCCAGAGGAACAACGACGGGGAUUUCAUCGUGGCGGUCGACAUGCACCCCAGCGAUCACCUGGUGAUACUGUUGCUCGGUAUCUGGAAAUCUGGAGCAGCUUACUUACCUCUGGAUCCGGCGUUUCCCGACGCCAGAGUGGAGCAUAUCGUGAAAGAAGCGAAACCGGUUCUAAUUGUACACGAAACAGAUUCGAAAUAUUAUUUGGGCACUCGCAAAAUAUCUUUCGAGCAAUUGGUAGAGGAUAGUAGAGAUUAUCCAGAGAGCGUAGUGAUGAAAAACGAGAAGCUCAGGCACGCUAGAGAUGACCUGGCUGUGGUUUUGUACACUUCUGGAAGUACCGGAGUACCGAAAGGUGUGCGCUUGCCUCACAAGGUGAUUUUGAACAGAUUGCAAUGGCAGUUUAGGAGGUUCCCUUACGGUGGUACCGAAAGCGUGUGCGUGUUCAAAACCGCCCUGACUUUCGUCGACAGCAUAGCGGAAAUAUGGGGACCGCUUUUGAACGGCAGAGCUCUGCUGGUGGUACCCAAAAUCGUAACGAAAGACCCCGAACGAUUCAUCAAUCUUUUGGAAAAUUACAAGGUCGAGAGAUUGAUUUUAGUACCAUCGUUGCUACACACGAUGUUAAUGUAUCUGGAGAUGAAUUUGAGCAAAAGGUACCUACACAACCUCAAAACGUGGGUAUGCUCCGGCGAAGCUUUGACCUCGUCGCUGGUGAAAGAAUUCUUCAAGUACUUCCCCGAAAACGAGUACCAACUGUGCAACUUCUACGGCAGCACGGAGAUGAUGGGCGACGUCACCUACCACGUCCUGACCGGCACCCAACAGUUCGAGCGCAACGACCGAGUCCCGAUCGGCGUUCCGCUCGACAACACCAUCAUUUACCUGCUCGACCAGGACUUCCGGCCGGUGAAAGCCGGCGACGUCGGCGAGCUCUUCGCCUCCGGCCUGAACCUGGCCAGCGGGUACGUGGACGGGCGCGAUCCGGAGAAAUUCCUCGACAAUCCGUUAGCCAUCGAUCCCGCCUACGGGAAGCUGUAUCGCACGGGGGACUACGCCCGAUCGGAGAAGGGCCUGCUCUAUUACGAGGGCCGCACGGAUUCGCAGGUGAAAAUCCGCGGCCAUAGGGUGGAUACCGCCGAGGUGGAGAAGGCCGUCAACUCGCUGGAAGGGGUGGAAAAAGGGGUGGUUUUGUGCCACAAACCGGGCGAAAUAAACCAGAGUCUUCUGGCUUUCGUGGUUACGGAGAGCCCGCUCAACGAGCAGCAAAUCGAAGACAUACUGAAGGCCAAACUGGCCUCUUACAUGAUACCGCACGUAAUUCUAGUGGAGAAAAUCCCGUUGUUGAUAAACGGGAAAAUCGAUAGGCAGUACUUGUUGCAAUCGUACGAGAAAACCCAAGGGAACCAAGAAGAUGCGCAGCCGAUUAAAAUCAACUACGAUUUCGUGCCGGCGGAUCAAAUGAAAGCGGCAAAAGUAUUGUUUGAGACUGUCGCGAGUGUGCUAAACGCCACUGUAAGGAGAGAAAUAUCGAUAAACACGAAUUUCUUCGAUAUCGGAGGAAACUCCUUGAAUUCCAUAUACACCAUUUCAAAAUUAAGCGAGCAGGGUUACCAUAUAAGAAUAGGAGACUUCCUCUCUGCUAUGGACUUCGGGGAAGUACUAUUACGCAUGACAUCAGAUACAUCGAUGAACAUACAAGUACCCAGUUACUCCUGGGAGUUCCUGAAGCCAACUUACAAAAGCAUUGUAAACGAUAUGGUAACGACGAGUUUCUACGAAAAAGCGGACCUGGAGCAAUGGAUAAUAUCCGAAAUCUCCCCGGCCGAUUACUCGGAGUUGAUAGACGAGCUGUGGGCGCCGCUGGUGGAGCAAAAUUUGAGUUUCAUCGUGAAGAACGAGCACGGCAAAAUCGUCGGCGUCGCUUUGAAUUUCGACGCGCGGGACGAGCCCGACGUCGAGAUCCGAUCGAAAUUGACUGUGAUAUUCGAGUUCUUGGAGUCCCUAGAAGGGCCCAUCAGGGACGCCCAAUUACCGCCCGGCAAGGGCGUCGUUUUGCACUCCUUCAUGAUGGCCACCCACGCGUCGCUGUCGCCCAAGGAAAACGUGGCCGUGAUGCAAUUUAUUGAAGGGGAAUUGAUCAAAAUCGCCAGAGGAAGGCACUUUAGGGGGAUAUUCACCACGAACACCAACCCGCUUACUCAGCAAUUAAGUGCUGUUUAUAAUUACCAAACAUUGUUGGAUUAUCAAGUGAAUCAAUUCGUGGCGAGUGAUAACACGAAACCAUUCGGUUUGGCGCCGGACGAGCAGAGGGCUGUGGUGAAUUGGAAACCGUUGGAUUGA